AUGUCAAAAAAUCUCAAUAACAAUUCAGUUAACAAUGCUUUUGGUGAAGAACCUUCUGUGGGAAGUCCACCAAGAAAUACCAAUGAUAUAAGGACGAUAAUGUUGCAACACUCACAGGGAACAGUGAGCAAUCAAAGACAACUAGCACCAAAGAGAGCUCGGUUGAAUCUUGAAAGUGAUUUGUCAGGUAGAACUCGUAACAUCCAUGAUGUUGUCUUAAACACUGUUUUGAAGAACACAUCUUCUGAGAAAGCCGAAGCCACUGCUAGUAAUACAGUUGAGCAAGACAUGUUGCCUGGACAUCAACCAACAUUGGAUAUUGUGCGGCACAUUGGCAACAGAAAGUUGCAAGAAAAAAAAACAGGAGAAAAGAAGCAGGAAGAGAAUCGACGGGCCUGUCUUUGUCAGCAACGUGUAAAGUCGUGUGAAAGAAGACAAUCUGCCUUGAAAGCCAGUCGGGUACACUUUGUGAACAGCUUUGGAAAGAAUGUUGACAGUAUUCUCCAUGCUGAUUACAUGUCAGACCUUGAGAGUGAUGACAAAAGAGAAGAAGAGGAACAGGAUUCGUCCUCAGAAAAGAGUUUUUUUUGGAGAUUCUGCCCAAGCUGGAGAAGCGAAGAGGGAGAUAGGUUUGUUGAUGAACUUGAUGUGGAUUAUGAGGCAGCUCAUGAUAAGAAAAAUAAUACCUGUCCAUUCAAGCAUAAAUUUAAAGAAAUAAGAGAUAAGCAGCUUAGUAAGACCAAGGCAAACAAGCUGCCAUCAUGGUCAAAGAAACAAUAA